CGAGAGAGAGCGUCGCCAUGACGACACAUCCGGGUCCCUCCCCACUCCACGGCCUCGCGUAAGGCGCCACGUCACGCAGCUCGGAGGCGACGUUUCUCUUACCUUUCAGAGGCUGAGGCGGCGCCAAGAUGGCGGAGCUCUACGUCAAGCCAGGGAACCGGGAGCGCGGCUGGAACGACCCCCCGCAGUUCUCGUACGGGCUGCAGCAGCGCCAGGGGCCGCGGGGCGGGGCGGCCAGGCGGGGGGGCCUCGCACGACGCCCCGCCGAAGGGACCCCGGAGGUCGACCGGGUAGCGGCAAAGACCACGACGCCGCCCUUAGGCCCUCCUCCCCCUCCCCCUGCAGCAGCUGGUCUGCCUGCAUCCUCACCGUGUCCUGUGGGCCUGCCUCCUCCUCCUUCUGGGCUGCCAGUCUCUUGUCCGCAAGUAGAUGCCACAAAUCUACUUGUCUCAGAAGACUGUGUUGUGGAAGAUGUUCUUUCCCCUUUGAAUGAGGCUCUGGAUAACUGCAGGAAGACUCUGCGGAAACAGAUCUGUGAUGACAUUGGCAAGCGCUUGGCAAUUCUGCAGCAGAUGUGGGAACAAGGCAAACUCUCAGCUCCUGUGAGAAAGGGAAUGAGGAUUUUAAUACAAGAAUUCAAGAGUCAACACUGGGAUGCUGCUGAUGAGAUCCAUCGCUCGCUAAUGGUGGACCAUGUCACUGAAGUAAACCAGUGGAUGGUGGGAGUCAAAAGGCUUAUUGCAGAAACAAGGAACUUGCCAACAGAUAAUCUAGCCACAAUAGAACACGAGCAGAAAGAUAAAACCUCUUUGGAACCAGAAUGUCAGCACGAUUGAGCUGAGCUCAUGGUCUUAGCAUUAUAAAACUGAACCUUAAUUUGGAGACAUCUUUGCACCCUAAUAAUGGAUGAUGAUGUUCCGCCCUCAGCAGAGUGCUUACUUUAUCAGCUAAGCACUGUUUUUCUACUCAAGUCAAUUUUGCUGAAUUGAGCAAAGCUGCACAGAGGAGAAUCUUUCAAGUAAACUUUGCAGUUUUCAGAAGUCCAUAGUGGCUGACAUUAAAAAGGACAACUUUACUUGUAUUUGUUCAUGCAAAAUGGAAAUGGACUGGAGAUACAGUUGCAACAUAGCUUCUGGUGGUCCUUAUCUAUCUUUACUCAAACUUGUGUGAGUUUUCUGGGAAAUGUGUAAUAUAUGAAGCACAGGCGUCAGUUUCCAGAUAAUUGUACCUUAGCAUGUGUUACUGGUGUCUCUCAAAGCUUUAAACUCUGUCUCCUUCCCAUUUAAUCAAAUCUGAGUUAAUUCUUGCCAAAGUAAUUAUGGGCACAUCUACACUGGUCAUUUAAUAAAGUUUGAAGGCAGGUUAAGAGUGCAGCGUUUACAUAAUGCACAUUGCGAACGCUUGAAGCGUACCUUUUUUAAAUUAGGAGACGUAAAGUUGGAGGAUACUCUGAAAAGCCAUUAAGUGACUACAGAAUGUGAAUCGCUCUGCAGACACCUGAAGUGCUCCACUGAUUUGCGCAAGCUCCUUCCAGAAAGACUUGGACAUUCUCUACGGUGAUACUGUAGAUCCUGGAACCAGUUUGAGGGAAACCUCUGCAAUGUAUGUAAGCACCAUCUGACCCCUGAACUGCAAUGUAAUCCACAAAGCAAAAGCACUUCCUUUUAUGUUAGUUUCAACCAAGAUUAAAUUGUCAGUGUAGAUGUAUCCUAUGUUAUAGAGAAAUCUGUCUCCAUCUUGUUUUGUAAAAUUAAAGUAUUUGUGAAAACCUGUUUUUAUUCCACCCCACUUUCAACUAGUUAUGUCUGUAACCUUUGUGAGAACAGAUUUGAGUUUGAAUAAUAAUGACUGCAGUGUGUCUGCCAUUCAAGAAUAAAAGAACUGUACUGUGUAAA